AUGAUUCAAUCUUCAGCAUCUUCAAUCUUACUAGGAUGCUCGGUGGCUGUAAUAUCUUCAGCUAUACAAUCGUUGGGAAUAACAUUGCAAAGAAAAUCACAUUUACUAUACACCCAUGAACAACGACAUACCCAUUUAAAUCACCAACAGAUGAAAUAUAGAAGAAACAUGUGGCUAUUUGGGUUCUUAUUAUUCAUCAUAGCCAAUGUAUUGGGUUCAUUGAUACAAAUAACCACCCUACCCUUGAUUAUAUUGUCCCCCUUACAGAGUAUUGGAUUGAUAUUUAAUUCCAUAUUAAGUUGUUUGAUGUUACCAGGAGAAAACUUUACAACCAAGCUCUGGACUGGGACAUUUAUCAUAGCUAUAGGAGCAUUCCUUAUAGCAUAUAAUGGUAACGUACCUCCUUUACCACCGCCGGUCCCUCCGCCAAGUGCAGAUGAACGAUUCCAAAAUAUUCUCCAUAAAUUGUUAGCACCUUCAUUUAUGUAUUGGUUUAUCUUCACAUUUGUCAUGAUGGGCAUACUAUUAUUGGUGAAUCGACUUUACCUAAACUCCAAAAUAGCUCGAAACAAAGCAACUAAAGUUAAGGGAAAUUUGGUCAUCCGAUGCAACAAAUUUCAGUUCAUCAAGGGUAUCAACUAUGGAAUCAUUAGUGGAACUCUUACUGCGCAUACUUUUUUAUUUGCAAAGUCAAUUAUCGACGUUAUAGUGGAAAUCAUCCUCAGUGACCGGUCUCGGUUAUUGCCCGUGAGUAAUUCAUUACCGGUGUUGUUAUUAGUCACCAUGCUUAUUAUCAUUGGACUUCAAUUAACUGCAUUCAACUUGGGGUUGGCCCAGAUUUCAACGGCGAUCUUGUACCCGCUUUGCUUUUUGGUGUAUAAUUUGAUCAAUUUGAUCAAUGAUUUGGUUUUCAAUUCUUUAUUAGUGAGUCAUCGGAUGACGGUGUCGCAAUUUUGGUGGAUUUUAUUUGGGUUAUUUGCAGUUUUAUGUGGGGUGGUUACAUUAAGUUGGGAUAGUGCGUUUGGACACCACGAGGAGCACGUUGAAGAAAUGGGAUUAUUGACGGAAUCUUUGUCGGACAAUGCCAUGCACGUGAAGAAGUGUUAUUCCAGUAUUGGCUCCGAUAGUACUGCAACUGGUGAAACAUUGUUCCAUGUGGGGUCAUCACAGUCUAACGAAGAACAUAUGCAUUCACAUAUUCUGGAGCAAGAGGAAGACGAGUCUAUAGCCAUCACCCGAAAUUCCACUGUUUCGUUGGAACGAAGCACGCGAAUCUUGAGUUUUGAACAGAAUGAACUUCGAAAAUCAAUGGGAUAUAGAGAUAUAUAG